AUGGCACCAACGCUGGACCCAAAGGCGCCCUCGCCGACCGCUGAGGAGCUUUUCGACGGCCUUAACAUCGACGAUAAGAAGUCUUCACGCCCCGAAGGGAGCAGACCUCCCGCAAACCGCCCGCCUGGUCCUCCUGGCCCCGGUCGCCGUGGUCCCCCGCCUCCCGGCCACCGUCCCUCGAGAUCCCAAGAGGAGGCGAUGAGACAGCGCAGAAUGCAAGGCAACGGCAGCGUUAGUGGCGGCCCGCCCCGACCUUCUGGGCCUCCAGGCUCCCCGCAGCGACGACCUCAGGAGCGCCGCCCUCGCCGGAACUCGGAUUCUUCGCUCCUGAUUGACAUCGAAAAGCCGCUUACCGACGAAGAAAAGAAGGCUAAGGAGGCCAGACGUCUGUUCCACCACGAUGGCCCAUUCGACGCCGCAAACCCCCACCGCAACCGAAAGGGCAGCCGCCGCGCCCCGAUGCAGGCUUUCGCCAAGGACUCGCUGAACAUGUCCUUGGGCGGAGCCGGACCCCUCAACAAGCGUCCCGACCACGCCACUUUCAUGGGUAACAAUGACGGCGACGCGUCUGCUGACUUUGCCUCCGCUGGAGCCAGAGAUCCCUACCAACAGCACAAGAACGAGCCGGCCGUGUUCGAUCCCCGAGCCCGCAGCUCUAUCCUCCACGGCGAGGAGAGCAUGGGUCUCGGUACCUCGACCUUCCUCGAGGGAACCCCCGCCGCACGCACUGCGAUCCAGCGCACCCAGCAAGAGCAGGCUCAGCAGAGCCAGACCGACGGCUUGAAGCGCAACAAGUCCAUCGCUCAGCGUAUCCGUGGCAUGAAGAGGGAGCCUCGCGAGUACGGACCUGCUGGUCGCAUGACGAAUCCAGAGGGUGCUUACCACUCCCGUAGGUCUCCUGACAGUGCUGGGCCCUCCACCAGCAUCUCGUACACGAGCGAGCGAAACCCGUUCUUCUCCGAGUACGGCAAGGAGCCUGAGAGCAUCUCAGUCAAGCGUACUGACAACGGCGCCAAGUCACCCGGGACCCCUCCGCCGGUCCCCCGUAGAGGCUCUGCCAAUGCCCUCGAGCGUCGUAACACUACUGACGUCAAGUCGCCCACCGAGGAGGCCCCCGGCAAGUCGUCCGGAGGCUUCCUGUCCCGAGUCAAGAGUCUGAAGGGAGGACGCAGACGCCAGGCCUCUGAUGCCAUGGCUCCUCCGGCCCCUGGAACUGCCGCCUAG